AAUUUUUCCGACUCGUUGCAGGACGCUCUUGCAGCUCGCACCGCGUAUAUCGCUUCGCUAAACGUUUCGAUUGCUGCCACAAUUUUCACCCCUGUCCUCGGCGUAAACUGUUUUGCGGUAACGCGUACGUGGCAGUGUCUGUUUCAGUGACCACUUGGGAGUUCAAAAGAUAAAAUGCGACGCACCCGUCGACACAAAUUCCUAAGGCUCACGGUGUUCUUCUUCCUCUACUCGGUGAUCCACGUGAUGAGCGCCCCCAACCAAACGGCGCCCGCCGCCGCCGACGAGAAAAAACCGGACGCGCCGCCCCACCAAAACACCGAAGAAAAACACGCCCCCGACUCGGUCGAGAAGCCCAAAAGUACGCCGAAGCCCCAUCAGGGCUUCACCACGAAGCCCCCGACAAAAGUUACCACGGUGAAGCCUCAUGAGGCUACCACCACGAAGCCUCCACACGUGGUCACCACCGUGAAGCCUCCACACGAGGCCACCACUGUGAAGCCUCAUAGUACUGCGAAGCCCAAUAAUGUUACCACAGCUGGUAAUGAGACUGAGGAGUGCACUCCCCCUGCUAUCAAACAGUUUCCCCAUCCAAUAAUGGGCCCCACAACGAGAAAGCACGGCGGCCUAAUCGUCCACAUCACAGUGGCUGUGUACAUGUUUCUGGGAUUAGCUAUUGUUUGCGACGAGUAUUUCGUCGCCUCCCUGGAUAGAAUAUGCGAAGAAUUAAAAAUGUCCCCGGAUGUUGCUGGAGCUACAUUUAUGGCGGCGGGGAGCUCCGCCCCCGAACUGGCUACCGUGAUAAUUGGUGUUUUUUUUGCAAAAGAUGACAUAGGGAUUUCCGGCGUGAUUGGCUCGGCCGUUUUUAACAUUAUGUUUGUUAUUUCUACUUGCGCAUUAUGUUCCGGAGCCGUGGUCUAUUUAAAUUGGUAUCCGCUAUGCAGGGACUGUUUUUUCUACGCCUUGUCGAUAUUGGUUAUGCUUUUUGUUAUUUACGAUAAGUACAUCACAUGGGGUGAAUCGCUGGUGAUGCUAAUCACUUACGUAAUAUACUGCGUGGUGCUACACUUCAACACCGAAAUUGAAAGAUGGGCGCAAACUUUACCAGUCCCCUUCAAACAAAAGGCCCCGUGCGAACAAUCCGGCCUCGUCAGCUACAAAACCUUGGACGACAACGGCAAAGUUCCGAACUACGGAAUCACGCCGGAGCAAGUGCAAGACAACGGUGAACAAAGUUUCGGUGGACAGCUCAGCGGACCUGCUCUCAACCAGGCCACCAAUGAUUCCAAUCCUGCUGGAGUUCCGCAAGGACCAACCCAGCAGGAUUACUAUAAACCCAAGGAAUGGAACCCUGAAACCGCCAUCGAUCCUUUAAUAAAACCCACCGAGGGCGGUCUGUAUGCCGUAAUAUCUUGGGCAGUGGUCUACCCGAUACACUACUUGUGUCGCAAAACAAUGCCCGAUUGCCGCAGCGAAAGAUACAGAAACUGGUACCCGUUCACGUUUUUCGUAUCCAUGGUCUGGAUAUCGUUUUACUCCUAUUUCAUGGUCUGGAUGAUCACCAUCAUAGGUUACACCAUGGGCAUUCCCGACACCGUGAUGGGUCUUACUUUCGUGGCUGCAGGAGUAUCCGUCCCUGAUGCUUUGUCCAGUAUAGCUGUCAUUAAAGAAGGGUAUGGAGAUAUGGCUGUAUCAAACGCAGUAGGAUCGAACGUGUUUGACAUUUUAAUAUGUCUUGGUCUACCGUGGUUUAUAAAGACCGCCAUCAUCAAACCAGGAUCCACAGUCAGAGUUAUCAGUAAAGGUCUAACCUACUCAACUUUAUCGCUUCUGUCCACUGUCGUGUUUCUGGUCGUGGCCACCCAUAUGAACGGCUGGAAGUUGGACAAGAGAUUCGGCGUGAUCCUCAUGAUUUGGUAUUUAAUAUUUAUUACGUUUGCCAGCAUGUACGAACUGAACGUGUUUGGCCCGAUGAAUCCGCCUGAAUGCGCAACGGAUUGGUAAACAAUUAAAUGUAUUAAGAAUAUAUGCUCAAACAGUUACGUGUUUUGUAUUUUAAAGAAUCUAAAAUCGAGCCUUAGUUAGUUCAAGGUGACUGUAUUAAAAUAAUUAUAUUACCAAACAUGGCCUAAAACUAGGGGGAACUUGGCAUGGAAUGCCCCAUAUCCCCUCGGCUUAAUUGUGCAUUGUAAUUGUUAAUAGGAAUUGAAAAAUGUAUAUUGAGUUUUGAACAAGGACCAAAAUAUAUAAUUUUUGGUUUUAGAUUCCUUAAUUUGUACUAGAUACUCCCUUAUUAUUAAUCGAAUAAUGAAUGUUAUAAAACUUAGAUGUUAUCUGUUAUAUCCCUAUUUACAACACAUUUUUCAAAUGUGUUAUGAAUAAACAAAUUAGGUGUUGAUUGUUUAAAAAAAAUGUACCUAUUGCUUAUAUUACUGAAAUAAAUAUAUAUAUGUAUUUUAUCGAAAUUUUGAACGUGAGAGAAAUAAGUACUAUGUAUGUAAAUAUAAACCCGUUUUUUAAAUUAUCGCUGCAUUAAAUGUUAGGGCAAGAAUUUGAAAAUAUUUACAAUGGCCAAAGAUACAUUAAAUAGUUUACAAAAUAAUGUAAUUUUGUAUCGGGUUAUUUAAGAUUUUAAUAUUAUUAAAAAUCUCAAAUAACCCGGCGCAUCCGCCAUUUUUGACAAAACGGUCAAUAUUUUUAAAUUUUCUACGCCCACUAAAAGCAUCAAUUAUUUAUAGUCAAUCCUUUAAAACUAGUCCAUUAAAGAAGCUUUUAAAUGUAAUAUUUAUAUACCGUACUAUAUAACUGAGUGUUUAAAAAUAUUAAUAAAAAAACAUCGAUUAUUAUUAAAAAUAAGUCUUUAUUUACUUGUUUUUGUAUUUAUAGAGUAUGUUAACAAUCUUCUAAAUAAUUUGUUAAAAUAAGUUACUUUAUAGGUAUAUAUUUAUAUUUUGAUAAUUAUUUACUUUAAAUUUACAAUAAUAUAUUUUCAAUAUUUUUUAAACUAGAUUAUAGUGUAACCUACGACAAUAAAACCGCCUUAUGGUUAAUAUAGGCUACCUAGUAUUAAUGAAAAAUAAAAUCAAUUGAAAAUUUCUGAUUUUGCGAAAAGUUUGCCAACUGGCAGCAAAAAUCAUUCAGACAAGACUGGCAUUAUAUUUUUUGUCCAUCUACAUUUUACUGUUGAUUGUCAAUUGUCAAAAAUUAAAAUAAAAUUUGCCAUAAAAAUUAAUUAAUAUAGUCGUCCAAAUAUACAGAGUGUCUAUGUAUGGUAUCUUUUUUAUUUAAAGAUACAAGGUCUUUAAAUAAAAAUGUACACUCUGUAUAAUAUAAUACAGCAAAAUGUAAACACACUCAAAAUUAUGGCAUAUUUUAUUUACCAAAAAAUAAUUUUACUUCCAAAAAAAUUCUAUACUAUACUUCUUGGAGUUCCUUGUAUAUUAUCCUAUCGUAGACCUAGAAUAGUACUAGUACUAAAAUAAACGUUUUAAUAAUAACUAAAAACUCUUCAAGAGUUUCUUCACCAAAAAGUAACAGAGCUGUUUCUAAUACUCGAGUUAAAGUACAGUACUAAUAAGUACUUUUUCUAUAAACAUAAAAAACAGUUUUUAAAAUAUAUAUUCUCACUGUACUAAGUACCUAAUACAUAAAAUUACUAGAACUUGAGUAUUGUGCACCUCUGAAUAAAUAAAAAAAAGUAUUCUUAUUAUAACUGAGCCAAAUGAACUUAUUUAAGACAAUACUUAGUUGAAGCGUAAGUCUUAUGAAAGAAACAGCCCGUUGUCCUAAUUUUUACAAUAAUUAUAUUUACUACUAAAGUAUUCCUACAUUUAUUUACACGAAAAUAUAUUAUAUUUGUUUAACUAUUUUGUUUAUAUCUGUAAAAUUACGUGUAUUACUGACUCAGUAAUAAUGAAAAAUUUUUGCUGAAAAUAAUUUAUGCUUAAAAUAUGCCUAUUAUAGUAUUAAAUGUGGUCUCAUAAUUAAUAUGAAAAAAAAUGUUAAAAUGUUAUUUGAUUCGUAAGUCUGUAGCACGUUAUAGCAUUAAAAAUUUGCACUUAUUAGUUAAAUGUGAC